UGCGUCUGCCAGUAUUAAAGUUCGGGCAAAGAUCAAUCAGAUCGUAUACGGGCCUCGGUAGUUUAUACCACGCCCAGUGGCCAAUCAGUCCUCAGGCCCGAUAGGAGGAGAUGCCGGAAGCAGCAAGAGGACGACCAUCAUCGAGGGCUAAUCUGAUGGCGACGCGCUCACUGCAAGCGAACCGAUGCAGUAGCACCGAGGGAGUGCCUCCAUCCAUGGCGACAUCCGCAAUAACCUAUUCCAGACCGUAUCGAAGCUGAGACCUGCAAGGGGGGCCUAGAAUCCCACGCUUACCCGGCGCUUGCUAACGGACGCUGGGAGGGGGAUGGAAUGGAUCCCAAACAGCUCCAGGAAGGGGACGGAGGCAGGAGACGGCCCAGUGAUGCGUACUCACCGACAAUUGGGAGAUUUCCAGCUUACGACUGGCCUGGUCUGGAGGAAGUGGAGGGUAGGGGAGCAGGCUGAUCAAAUUGAUGCCCGCCUCUUGGCUUCCCAUAAGGCUAUCCUGGCCGUGCAAUCAUCAGUUGCGCCUGCGGCAGCGCUCGUUGCGAUUCGCCUGGCAAAUGUUGCGACGAAAUUAAUUCCCCUCCAUGAGCCGGGCCGAGAGCAGCCGUUCGAGCCAGAGGCGUGCGUGGCCAUAGCUUGCGUUGGCCUGGUGCUCCAUGGACCAUGCAAAUCGGAGAUUUUUCUGGAGACUGGAGGCCUAUCGUCCGAGGUGCCGAACGCAUGUAUGUCUAGCAUCGUCAGGAAGCCGCGCCUCGGAGGGAGCUUGGUGGAUGCUCCGGUGUUACCUCGCGUAGCCCCGUUUCCCUCAUGCUUAAGUACAGUGUGAAUUGGCUACUUGGUUAGUGGUGACUAGUCGGUCGCUCAGAUGGGGAAGCGGAGAUAGCGUCGAGGUCCGCCAAAACGCCGGCGCGACACC